UAAGCGACCAGAGAGUUGAGCGUCCGAACCUGGAAAAUGGAGAAGAGUGAGAAAAAGCACAAUCAGUUGAAGCUUUGCAAGAGAUGCAAUCAAUCUUACGAUCCUACUUCCAACACUUCUGCGUCUUGCCGAUUCCACCGUUCCUUCUUCGUUUGUCGCCGUCACGACGAUCAGAAAAGGUACUAUGAACUGGGGCCCAAUGACCCGCCGUAUGCGGCCAGGUUUUAUGACUGUUGUGGGGCUGAGGACCCAGAGGCAUCUGGCUGCACUACCAAUUUUCAUGUCUCAUAUGAUGAUGACUGAUGUAAUAUCUCAUCCCUUUUCUUGUCGGUAUAUGACAGUCUCCUAGUGCCAUUCAUGUAUCCUUCUCACUGUUGUAUGUAGAUAUCAUUUUCAAAUUUCUUCAGCUACACUUUAUCCAAUGGAAAGUUUAAUUAUUA